GCUGCUUUGAGUCUGUUUAUUCGACUGCUGAUAUUGCACAAGUAAAAAACGAAAUAUUUAAAACAAAUAAUGUGCUGUAAUGGUGUUUUUAUUAGACAUAUAAUUGCAUGUGAAUGUAAUGUCUACGUUUCAAGCGGUGUCCCAAACGCCGGCGGCAUCAGGUCAGGGUUUCAAUGCUGUUCACUGUGUAAGCAGAAUAAACGGUAGAAAUUUCUGCCAAAGAAUAGAUCAUCGUGCACAUAGGCAAUAGCACAGUAUAUGCUGACAAAUGAUAAGUACAUUAUUUAAAAAAAAAAAAUGCGUUUGCAGACCUUUUUAAUAUUAUCGCAGAAUCGCAGCCUGUGUCAGGGGUGUAAUUAUUAAGUUAGUAGAUAUCAAUGCUGUUACAUUUUUCCAACUUUCCCAACCCCGAAUUGUUUACGCUGAGCUGCCGUGUCUUGACGCGCUCGGGUAGCACUCAUCCCGGUCCGCAGGACAGACACACGGCGUUGUAGUUGUCGGUUUUGGAGGCGGAACGGUUAGUUAAGCUGCGCUGCCACCAUGAAAACUGCGCACCAAUAGCAUCCAAAUGUCAGUAAAUAGUCCAAGAAAAAAGUGACGCGGUCAUCGAGUGGGAGGGCGCUUCCAUUCGCCUCAACCUCAGCUUCGGACUUUUUCAGCAGCGGGGGUCUGUACGGCACAUUUACCCCAGAGCUCACUCUGGAACCUCUCACCUCGCCUUUUCAUGGAUUAAACUCAGUUUCCUUAAAACUUUUUAUGUUUUCUUCAUCAUUUUUCCGAGACGGAGAGAGAAUCUCGCCUGAACGUUUCAAAACGCGCGCUGGCUGCUUCGAUGCAAAGAAGCUUUACAAGCGUUCGAGUUAGUAAAGUUUGACAUCUGAAGAUUGCUUUUCGCAGAUAUUUCUCAUUUUCCGUAUCAGCAUGGUGUGUUUUCUCGAGACUUGCUUGUGAAGGAACAACUGCAGAUCACGAUCCGUUGGCACUGGCUACCUACUCGGUGCUGCGACUGAUUUAAAGGUCCCGUGUUGCUGGAGCGGUGCUCUCUGUGAGGAAUCAGCCUGACUGCUCAAAGAUGCUGGACGGUAUCAAGAUCGAAGAUCACCUAAGAUCUGGCCCGGCUGCUUUGGGGGUUAUGCUCGGGACAGAGUGCCACCAUCAGUCUGUGUGCGAGGGAUGCCAGAGGCCCAUAUCCGACAGAUUUCUGAUGCGAGUGAACGAAUCCUCGUGGCACGAGGAGUGUUUGCAGUGCACCGUGUGUCAACAGCCGCUCAGCACGAGCUGCUACUUGCGCGAUAGGAAAUUAUACUGCAAGCUGGACUACCAACAGCUGUUCGCGGCCAAGUGCAGCGGCUGCCUGGAGAGGAUCGCGCCCACCGAGAUGGUCAUGCGCGCCCUGGAGUGCGUCUACCACCUGGGCUGCUUCUGCUGCUGCGUGUGCGAGCGCCAGCUGUGCAAAGGCGAUGAGUUUGUGCUGAAGGACGGCCAGCUGCUGUGCAAGAGCGACUACGAGAAGGAGAAGGAGCUGCUCAGCUCCGUCAGCCCCGAAAACUCCGAUUCGGAGAAGAGUGACGACGAGGACCUGGACGUGAAGCCGGAGAAGGGACCGGGGGGCCAGGGCAAGGGGGGCGAGGACAGCAAGGACCCACGUCGUCCCAAGCGGCCGCGUACCAUCCUGACCACGCAGCAGAGACGCGCCUUCAAGGCGUCCUUUGAGGUGUCCUCCAAGCCCUGCCGUAAGGUGAGGGAGACCCUGGCAGCAGAGACAGGCCUGAGCGUGCGGGUGGUGCAGGUGUGGUUCCAGAACCAGAGGGCCAAGAUGAAGAAGUUGGCAAGGAGACAGCAGCAGCAGCAGGAACAGCAGAACACUCAGAGGCUCGGUCAAGAGGCCAUCUCCAGUCGCAUGGAGGGCAUGAUGGGGUCGUACACGCCGCUGGCCCCCCCUCAGCAGCAGCUGGUGCCUAUGGACCAGAACAGCUACAGCACCGAUCCCUUCCAGCAGGGUCUGACCCCCCCACAGAUGCCCGGAGACCACAUGAACCCAUAUGGAAAUGACAUUUUCCACGACAUCGACAGCGACACGUCUUUAACCAGCCUGAGCGACUGCUUCAUGGCAUCGUCUGAGGUCGGCUCCCUGCAGGCACGGGUGGGAAACCCCAUUGACCGGCUCUACUCCAUGCAGAGCUCCUACUUCGCCUCAUGAGAGCGACUGCGGGCAGAAUCGAUGAUGCAAGACUGUGGAGCCCAGUUUCGUUUCGAGACAAGAUGAGCGGAGAUCUAGGUCACACGAGUGACUCGGAAGAACAACAAGCUCUUCUAUGGACUAACCAAAUGCUGGGAAAAGCCCAAUGAGCUUCACUGCCUUUAAGAUACAUUGAGGAUGCGUGCUCAUUUGUAGAGAAGCACGUGUGGGGCUCAGGUCCCGACAGAUACGUUUUUAUAGAAAUCUCUGUAAGAUAUUUGUAUAUCAUUCUGCAAAUGAGAUUUCCCUCCUUUUUUCCCAACUCCCUCACAGAAAGGCAUAUUUCCAUAAUCAGCAACGCAGAUUUCUGACUGGUCAUAUGAAUUCUGCAUCAUUCACACACAAUGCAUGACUCUGCCAUUAUUGUGUGGCCCUUAAACUCAAAAAAAGAAAAAACGGUUAAAGGCACAACUGUUGUGGUUUCUGGAAACACAUUCCCUAUUUUAUAUAACGUUUGCAUAAACAUUAGAUGAUUUCUAGUUUUAACCCUAAUGAUGUACAAUAUGAAAAAGAUGAAUGGACAAGGUAAAAAAAAAGAAUAAACAAAUAAUUGUGGAGGUUAUGUAGUGUCAUUUCAGUGUAUAUAAUUGGAAGUGUUUCCAAAAUGCUAGAGCAUGUAGAAAAAAAACGAAAAAACAAUGUUGUAUUUAUUUAAAUAAAACAUACACCAGACGGUACUUUAGAAAGUGAAAAGCUUUAUUUAAAAAGGAGAAAUUUUAAAUCUCUGUGUAAAGUAGUACAGUAAACUCAUAGAUAUAAUUCCUUUGUAUGUCAUUUUAUGGAAUUAUAAGAUUGAACUAGUUUUUUUUUUUGUUUGUUUUGUUGUUGUUUCGACCAAGCUGUACAGGAGAAACACUGCUAUUUAUUUGUCACAAGCUCAUUGACACCUUGUUGAGAGUGCAUUUCAAAUGCUGAAAUUCGCUAAUUUACCAAAGUUUGUUGGUACUACAAAUAAACUCUGAAACACUC